AUGCUUCUAGUUUCCCCCAAUCCAUCACCCCCUUCCUCCCUGAAUUCCUCCCUACUUACCAAUAGAAGAAGAAAACCCCUCCCCCUCACCCCUCAUGCGCUCAACGGCGAUCCCAAGCCCGACAAAGUCUCCUCUUCCUCCCCCUCCGGCAUCCGCCACCGCCAACCCACCUUUGAGAACCGGCUGGCCCGGUUCCGGCUCAAGUACCGGAUCGGCACUGCGAAGAAGACGGAGCAGCGGCGGUCCAGGAAGUCCAGCGGCGGCAAGAAGAAGGCGAUGCUGCCACCGGUGCCGCUCAAGAAGGAGGUGGUGGCAAGGGGGUUGGCAGUGGAGGUGGGAGGCUGGCCGGGAUGGGCCAAUCACGGUAAUGGAACCGAAAUCGGCGAUUAG